AUGGCCUCAGUUACAAUCAAGUGUUUCGUCGGCCUCCAUCAAUCUUCACCGGAAAAAUACCACCGUCAUUACUCGUUUACCGCUCCAUCUAAAUGCGUUGUACGAAGCCAACGCCACAACCGUCGUCUUAAUGUUGUGCAGGCUGCCAAAUCUAGUCCCAAAAUCACUGGACGAAACCUCCGCGUUGCAGUGGUUGGCGGUGGUCCUGCCGGUGGCGCAGCUGCCGAAACUCUUGCCAAAGGUGGUAUAGAGACUUUCCUCAUCGAGCGCAAAAUGGACAAUGCUAAGCCCUGUGGUGGGGCUAUCCCACUUUGCAUGGUCGGAGAAUUUGACUUGCCAUUGGAUAUAAUCGACCGCCGUGUCACCAAAAUGAAAGUCAUCUCCCCGUCAAACGUCUCCGUCGACAUCCAUAAAACUCUCAAACCCCAUGAGUACGUCGGCAUGGUCCGUCGGGAAGUCCUCGACGGCUACCUUCGUGAACGCGCUAUAGCCUCCGGCGCCACCAUAAUCAACGGACUUUUCACCAAAAUGGACAUACCCCAAGAGAAAAACGCGCCGUACAUCCUCCAUUACAACGCCUUCAACGGUGAAUCCGUGUCCGCCGGAGAAAAGAUGAGUAUCGAAGUCGACGCAGUGAUUGGCGCCGAUGGUGUCAAUUCCCGUGUCGCAAAAUCCAUCGACGCCGGAGAUUAUGAAUACCUCAUCGCUUUCCAAGAACGAAUAAAGCUUCCAGAAGACAAAAUGAAGUACUACGAGAACCUCGCAGAGAUGUACACCGGCGAUGAUGUGUCACCAGACUUCUACGGUUGGGUGUUUCCGAAAUCCGACCACGUGGCAGUCGGAACAGGAACUAUAGGGCACAAACCUGAUAUUAAAAAGUUCCAGGACGCCACGCGCCGCCGUGCACAUGACAAGAUUGUUGGAGGAAAGAUCAUGCGGGUGGAAGCUCACCCCAUCCCUCAACACCCUCGACCGAGGAGAGUACUGGAGAGGGUAGCGUUGGUAGGAGAUGCCGCCGGGUAUGUUACAAAAGGCUCCGGCGAAGGGAUAUAUUUUGCGGCAAAGAGUGGGCGGAUGUGUGCGGAGGCGAUAGUGGAAGGGUCGGAGUAUGGGAGGAGGAUGGUUAAUGAGGAAGAUAUGAGGAAUUAUUUGAAGAAAUGGGAUAAAACAUAUUGGCCGACGUUUAAGGUGAUGGAUGUGUUGGAGAGGUUGUUUUACAGGUCGAAUCCGGCGAGGGAGGCUCUUGUGGAGUUAUUUGGAAAUGAAUAUGUGCAGAGGAUGACGUUUGAUAGCUACAUGUACAAGAAGGUGGCGCCGGGGAAUCCAUUGGAGGACUUGAAGCUUGCAGUGAAUACAAUUGGGAGCCUUGUUAGGGCCAACGCGCUUAGCAAGAGGAUGGCUAAUUAA